CACAUGCACGACGUCGCUGUCCACCGCUGGACUUUUGGGUGGGUUUAGGUGGGAGUCCUGAGGCUCCUCUAAUCCCUGCUCUGCACCACCCAGAGCCCACCACUGCAGCGGCACUGACGAAACCACAACCGAAAGGAGCCGCAACGAGCGACGACGGCCGCGGCUGCGAACUGAUACUGACAACGCAAUCUCGACACAAUCGGCGGCCACAUCCCCAUUGACGCCGCUGGUUUCAAUGUUGCCCGACGUCCGAGACCAGUAGACCUUAGUCUCGCUUGUCGCUUUUCUCCUCACCGCCCGUCAUGAGUGCCCAGCUCCGCGCUGCUGGGGCUUUUGCCCCCCUCGCCCGUCGCGUCACACUUCGGGCCGUCCGUCAGUACCAUCCACUACCCACCGGCGGACUCCAGCGCGCCGAUGGCGCUGCCCGCACAGUCCGCCCCUCGAUGCGCUUCACCGCCAACGCCUACCACAACGCCGUCAUCGUCCGCAAUGCCUCCUUUGCCCGCCUGCUCCCAAAGCUCGUCGUCAAGUUCGCCAGGAUCCCCGCCCUGUUCGGCGGCCUCAUGAUUGGCGGCGUGGCUUGGAUCCAGUACCAGGCCAUCCAAGUGAGCAACUCAGCCCAGGAGCUAUACGGCAACGUCAAGACCACCCUGACCGCCACUGCCUCGGACUUGUGGGGGAGCGCAGUCGACAUUGCCGGCCAGACGAAACGCGGCUGGCAGAACACCAAAGACAAGGUCGAGAUUCCCGAAUGGCUCGACAAGAUUAUGAAAGGGGAAGGCGAAGCCGGCAAUGGCAAUGGGGGCUCCGGAGGCCCAGGAGGGCCUGAACCGCCGAAGCAGAGCAAGACGGGUGUCGCAGCCGGCGUGUCGGCUUCCGCCGCUGCCUAUGGCUAUGACCAGGCGGCCGACAACGACGAGCGAACUCCCGAGGAGAUAUCCAAGGACGACCACAUGAUGCACAUAACCAAGAUGAUGAUCGAGAUACGGAACCUCCUCCAAAAAGUCGGCCAGUCGAGCUCCGUCACCCUGCCAUCCAUCGUCGUGAUUGGGUCGCAGUCUUCGGGAAAGAGCUCGGUGCUGGAGGCCAUAGUGGGCCACGAGUUUCUGCCCAAGGGCACCAAUAUGAUAACGCGCCGGCCCAUUGAGCUUACGCUAGUCAAUGACCCCGAUGCCAGGGUCGACUAUGGCGAAUUCCCCGACCUCGGCCUCAACAGGAUUACCGAUUUUUCGCUGAUACAGAAGAACCUGACCGAACUCAACCAGUCUGUGCCCGACACGGAGUGCGUUUCGGAUGACCCUAUCCGCCUCAUUAUACACUCCCCCAAGGUGCCAGACCUGUCUCUCAUUGACCUUCCCGGCUACAUCCAGGUGGCCGGGGAGAACCAGCCCCGGGAGCUGAAGCGGAAGAUAUCGGAGCUCUGCGACAAGUACAUUCGGGGCCCCAACAUCAUCCUGGCCAUUUCGGCUGCUGACGUGGAUCUGGCGAACUCGACUGCCUUGCAGGCGAGCCGCAGAGUUGACCCCAGAGGAGAGCGGACCAUUGGCGUCAUCACCAAGAUGGACCUGGUCGAUGCCGAAAAGGGGGCGGCCAUCCUGAGCGACAAGCAGUAUCCCCUCCGGCUGGGCUACGUCGGCGUGAUUUCUAAACUACCCUCGCAGGGCCUCUUCAAGCGGGACACGGGCAACCUGUUGGCCGUCAUCAGCCGAAACGAGAAGGCCUUCUUUAGCUCGCAUCCGUCCCAGUUUGGCCCCGAAGCUAAAGUCAACAUUGGCACUGUCACGCUGCGGAAGAAGUUAAUGCAGGUUCUGGAGCAACAGAUGUCGUCCAGGCUGCAAGCCACUACAGAUGCCAUCCAGCGAGAGCUUGAAGAGACGACGUACCAGUUCAAGGUGCAGUAUAACGAGGAGCCCAUGACAGCAGAAGCAUACCUGGCGGAGAGCCUCGACAACUUCAAACACCUGUUCCACAAGUUUGCGUCAUCGUUUGGUCGGCCCCAGAUGCAAGACCUGCUGAAGAGCGCUCUAGACCAGCGGGUGCUCGACCAGCUGGCGGCGCGGUACUGGAACAAGCCCGUCGAGGAUCUCUAUGCGGCGCCCAACGAGCCUGAUAGCAUCGCCGAUCUCCCCAAGGCCGACCCCAAAUCCCAUUACUGGCACAUGCAGCUCGACACGGCGUCUUCUGCGCUGACCAGGCUCGGCGUGGGCCGUUUGGCGACGACUGUGGUGUCCGCCGCGGUGCAGUCCAACGUCGACAAGCUGAUUGACAAGUCUUCGUUCGCGAAGCACCCGUCGGUCCGCCAGGUGAUCAGCGAGGCUGCGGCUACGGUGCUCGAGGACCGGGCUUAUACGACCAGCGACGGCAUCGAGUUUUCUCUCAAGCCGUACAAGUACGAAGUUGACAUCCAGCCGCAGGAGUGGAACCAGGGACGGGAACAUGUUGCGGGGGUUCUCAAAGGAGAGCUAGACCAGUGCCAGGCAGCCAUGAAGAAUCUCGAAAACGUAGUCGGGGGCAAGAAGAAGCUCAAGGAGGUAAUGGGGUUCGUGGACAAGGCACGCAAGGGGAACAUUGCGGUCGAAGGCGAGAGCAGAAACGGGGCGGGCGGGUUCAGCGCUGCGUUGCUCGCAAGAGGACGCGAAGCCGUGUUCCUCCGGGACCGGGCCGACAUUAUCAACAUGCGCAUGCUCGCGGUCAAGUCGCGGCAGUGCAAGCCGCUCGAGAACAAAUACUACUGCCCCGAGGUGUUCCUCGACGCCGUGGCCACCAAGCUGACGCAGACGGCCGUGCUCUUCCUCAACGUCGAGAUGCUCAACGACUUCUAUGCCCGCUUCCCCCGCGAGGUCGAGGCCAAGCUCGGCGAGCAGAUGGGCGGCGCCGGCAUCGAGCGCUUCGCCCGCGAGGACCCCAGGAUCAGGCGGCAUCUGGACCUCAUCCGCCGCAAGGAGCUGCUCGAGCUCGUCCUCUCCAAGAUCGAGACGCUCAACCGCCUCGACACGCACAACGACGCAAAGCUCGACGGCGGGUACAAGAAGCGGCCAAGGCGGUCACUGUUUUGAGUGAGAGGUUUGCCUUGGGAUGUUGGGGAUGAACGGUUUUUUUUAUCUCUUUUUUUUUCUUUCUCAAAAUGUCUUUUGUCCAUUGGGAUGGUGUCUUGGCGCGGUGUCGGUUGUUUCGUGUGUCCUUGUGGUUUGUUCGUCUCGUCGUCAUCUCCGCCGGGGAUGUGAAACUGGGAGGGUGGUUUUUUUUUUUGCGUCUUGGUUAGUGCACAGUUAGAAGUAUUGCCUGUACAUAUCCUGAAUACCCUCCUCGAGUUCUUUUUCUAGAUAUAUAUAUACAUUUAGCCAUGUCAAGCAUGUAGUGUGAUGUGGUGUGUAGUGUUUCUAUGUCUC